GUUAAUUUAUAAACUUUUUAUAUAUUCUUAUAAAUAUUUGUUCAUAAGGAAACAGUUUGUUUUCUCUCAAAUAUAUAUUUUUGCUUAUUAAGUGUUUUAUCUACACGAUUCAGCAGGAUGUGACCCGGAAGUAGUAGUUGUUGCUAACGCUACGACCACGGCGUCUUUUCAGGCAUGUGUCAAUAAGUAAGAAUGCGAUAGUACGGCUGUUAUAGCUUUAAACUUACCGUGAUGUCUGUGCUGUACCGACCCGUUCUGGUCAGUCUUUUCGCCGGAACUCGAACAGGGUUUUUCCGGGUUAGAACGUCAGCAUUCAAACCGAAAAACGAGACUUUUAGCUCCAUGAUGAGCGGCGGAAAUACAGUCGCUACUCUGAAGACAAAUACUAUGACCCAAUUGCUUCAUGUCACUGGUGGUUCUGGCUCUCAUGCUCGGUUCUUAUCAUCCUCAAGUGGGAGAUCAGACUUUCGAGUCAAGAGAGUUUCUAUUGAAGGCAACAUAGCUGUUGGAAAGUCAACCUUUGCCAAACUUCUCCAGUCUGCUUGUUCAGACUGGGAAGUGGUGGCAGAACCUGUUAGCAAGUGGCAAAAUAUUAAAAGUGGGUCUUCACAGCAAACACAUAGGAGUCCACAGACAACAGUCAGCAACCUGCUGCAGAUGAUGUACAAGGAGCCUGAGCGCUGGUCAUACACCUUUCAGACGUUUUCCUGCAUGAGUCGCUUUCGAACGCAGCUGCAGCCUCCUCCAGCUCACCUGCUCAAGUCAGAGGGAACACCUGUCCAGGUGUACGAGCGCUCCAUUUACAGUGACAGAUAUAUCUUUGCUUUAAAUAUGUUUGAGCUGGGUUGCAUCAAUGACACUGAGUGGGCAGUCUAUCAGGACUGGCACUCUCUUCUGGUGGAGCAGUUUGGACACCAGGUGGAGCUGGAGGGCAUCAUUUACCUAAGAGCCUCUCCUGAGAAAUGUAUGGAGCGUCUGAAGCUUCGGGGAAGGUCAGAGGAGAAGGAAGUGGAGCUGGACUACCUGAAGAAGCUGCACAUUCAGCAUGAGAAGUGGCUGGUAGAGAAAAGUGCAGAGAUACACUUUGAAAAAUUAAAAAAUGUCCCCGUCCUUCAACUUGACGGCAGUGCGGAGUUCCUGACUGAUCCAAAAGUGCGCCAGCAUUUUACUUCCCAGGUGAAGACUUUCUUCAGUACUUUAUAAGAUGACUGCACCCUUUCAACUGUGAGAAUCUUAUGGACCUCAAUCAAAACUGACUCUCAUCCCGUUCAAAAAUAGAAUACAAAAUAACUGGAUUUUUAUACUUUAUCUGGAUGACCACUUUGUCAAAAUAGGAGUUUUCUACAUUUUCUGUACUUGUUUUUUUGGUAUUUAUGCAUAUUUUUUGUCUUGUAUGAUAACGUAUUACUGUUUAUUUUUUCAGCUGUAAUACAUUUAUUAGUUUUUUUAAACUUUCCAUUAAUAAUAAGCUAAACUUAUACUAUGAACAGGUGAAAGUAAGGUUUGCUUUGAGUUAUAGUUAUUCAAAUGUGUUUUUUUUAUAUUUUUGAAUACCUGACACAAAUAAAUGUGGUUGUAAAUG